AUGCCAGAACCUGCCGACAAGGAAGUCAGGGCUCCCGAUCAGCUAGCUGCCUCCAUUCAACCCAACGAUGCCACAGAGGCCGUUGGAGGCCCGGCCGUCCCCAGCCCAGAGCAUGACGAGAGGAUCGAGGAGAGGAAGAGCUUGAGUGACGAAGAUGAGACGGUCAAAAGGGUCAAGCUCCAGCGAUCAGCGAGCCAUGCCACUGAUGUCAGUGCGACCACCACUGCUUCAAGACCACCACCUCCUGAAAAGAAGCCGUGGUACAAAACGCCAAAUCCCUUGCGGUGGGGCUCUAUACCGCCAGUGCCCAAAGAACGCGGAGAAUCUAGAGAGUAUCACGCUGGUUUCUUUAGUUUGUUGAUAUUCCACUGGAUGGGACCGCUAAUGAACGUUGGCUACAAGCGGCAAUUGGAGCACAAUGAUCUAUGGCACGUCAAUCCGGAUCGCACAGCCGAGAAAUUGUCGUUGAAGCUCCAGGCCUCGUUUGAGAAGCGCGUCAAAAAAGGGGAGAAGUAUCCUCUGCUAUGGGCCAUGCAUGAGACCUUUUUCUUCGAGUUCUGGCUCGGUGGCAUGCUUCAAGUCAUGUCAACAGUCUUCCAGGUCUUAUCUCCCUUUACGCUGCGUUUCCUCAUCCAGUUCGCCAACGAUGCCUGGGAUGCCACACGCAACGACUCGCCACCUCCUCCGAUCGGCCACGGCAUCGGCCUCGUCCUUGGCGUAACUUUUAUGCAGGUUUUCCAGAGUUUGGGCACGAAUCACUUCAUUUAUCGCGGCAUGAUCGUCGGAGGCCAGGCGCGAGCCGUACUCAUCAGUGUCAUCUUCGAGAAGUCCAUGUCUAUAUCUGGCAGAGCUAAAGCUGGCGGACUGCUGGUCGCUGACGGUCCCGGCGCUGAAGCUGGCAAGGGACAUGGCGACCAAGUGAAGAAGCAGAAGACAAAGAAGCAGAAGAAGACCAAAAAUGCAACGGAACCUGCCAAAGGGCCAGGGGUAUCGGGCGAUGGCACCGGCUGGGGCAAUGGCCGCAUCGUCAACCUGAUGAGCGUUGACACGUACCGCAUCGACCAAGCCUCAGCCCUCUUCCACAUGAUAUGGACAGCCCCCAUAUCCAUCCUCAUCACGUUGGCUCUCCUAGUCGUAAAUCUGAGUUACAGCGCAUUGGCUGGCUUCGCACUUCUGGUCAUCGGCAUUCCUCUCCUCACCAGAGCCAUCAGAAGCCUCUUCAGAAGGCGCAAGGCCAUCAACAAAAUUACCGAUCAGCGAGUCAGUCUGACUCAGGAAGUGCUGUCCUCGGUUCGGUUUGUCAAGUACUUUGGCUGGGAGACCGCGUUCCUCGAUCGUCUCAAGGAGAUUCGCAAGCGCGAGAUCUACAGCAUCCAGAUCCUCCUGGCGAUCCGAAACGCAAUCAACGCCGUUAGCAUGUCAUUGCCCAUCUUCGCUUCCAUGUUGGCGUUUAUCACAUACUCUCUCACGAACAAUAACAUGAACCCUGCAGAGGUUUUCUCCUCUUUGGCGCUCUUCAAUGGACUGAGAAUGCCCCUGAACCUGCUACCUCUAGUUCUUGGGCAAGUCGUCGAUGCAUGGUCAUCCGUCAAGCGUAUUCAAGAAUUUCUGCUCGCGGAAGAACAAGAGGAGGAUGUUGUGCGGAAGCCUGACGGCAAGCAUGCUCUAGAGAUGCAUGCCGCUGGUUUUACCUGGGAGAGGACGCCUACUCAAGACGCCGACAAGGUUGCCGAUGCCACGAAAGGUGCCAAGGACACCAAAACGACGAGCGAGACUGAGAAAUCUGGACAGCGGCCACCGUCUGCUGGCGACAGUUCAGGUGGCAGCACUCUUAUCGAAGAAGAGCGAGAGCCAUUCAAGCUGCAAGGCAUGGACUUUCAGAUCCACCGCAAUGAGCUGGUUGCGGUCAUUGGGACUGUGGGCAGUGGUAAAAGCUCUCUUCUCGCUGCAUUGGCAGGCGACAUGAGGAAAACGUCAGGUGAGGUCGUCUUGGGCGCGUCGAGAGCUUUUUGCCCUCAGUACGCGUGGAUUCAGAAUGCGACUGUCAGGGAUAAUAUUCUUUUCGGAAAAGAGAUGAACAGGGAGUGGUACAACGAGGUCAUCGAUGCGUGCGCUCUUCGCCCAGACCUCGAAAUGCUGCCCAACGGUGACAAGACAGAAAUCGGCGAGCGAGGCAUCACUAUCUCUGGCGGGCAGAAGCAGCGCCUGAACAUCGCCAGGGCAAUAUACUACGACUCUGACAUUGUUCUCAUGGACGACCCCCUCAGUGCUGUUGACGCUCAUGUUGGACGCCACAUCUUCGACAGCGCCAUUCUUGGAUUAUUGAAGGACAAGUGCCGUAUUCUUGCCACGCAUCAACUUUGGGUACUCAACCGAGUCGAUCGGAUUAUUUGGAUGGAGGGUGGCAAAAUCAUGGCUGUGGACACUUUCGACAACUUGAUGAAGAAUUACGAGAGCUUCCGGCAACUGAUGGAAACGACCGCAGUCGAAGAGACCAGCGAGACCAUUCCUCAGACAAAUGAGCCAGUAGCUGCGAGCGGCGGCAAGAAAAAGAAAAGUGCUGCGUUGAUGCAGCAAGAAGAAAAGGCUGUAUCCAGUGUGCCUUGGUCGGUUUAUAACGCAUACAUUCGCGCAUCAGGCUCGAUCUUCAACGCCCCCCUGGUCUUGUUUCUGUUGGCCCUCUCCUUAGGAGCCAACCUCAUGACUGGUCUGUGGCUAUCUUACUGGACCAGCGACAAGUAUGGUAUGACGACAGGCGCCUACAUUGGCAUCUAUGCUGCGCUCGGCGUUCUUCAAGCAUUGCUCAUGUUUGGCUUUUCAAUCUGUCUCUCCAUCUUCGGCACCGCAUCCAGUCGAGUCAUGCUUCGCCAGGCUGUCACGAGAGCACUACGAGCACCUAUGUCCUUUUUCGACACGACACCCCUGGGACGAAUCACCAAUCGCUUCUCGAGGGAUGUGGAUGUCAUGGACAACACGCUGACGGAUGCCAUGAGAAUGUACUUUCUCACACUCGGCAUGAUCAUAUCCGUUUUUGCACUCAUCAUCGCCUUCUUCCCCUGGUUUGCCAUCGCACUGGUACCCUUAUUCUUCAUGUUUAUCUUUGCCGCAGCUUACUACCGCGCAUCAGCUCGAGAGGUUAAGCGUUUCGAGUCGGUCCUGCGGUCGACUGUUUUCGCCAAAUUCAGCGAAGGGCUUAGUGGCGUGGCUAGUAUUCGGGCGUACGGCCUGAAGCAGCACUUCAUCGAGGAUCUUCGCAAUUCUAUCGACGAGAUGAAUACCGCGUACUACCUUACCUUCUCAAACCAACGGUGGCUGUCAGUGCGGCUUGAUGCGAUCGGUAAUCUGCUUGUCUUGACUGUAGGUAUCCUUGUCGUUACCUCGCGAUUCAGCGUCUCUCCAAGCAUCGGCGGUCUAGUGUUGAGCUACAUCUUGGGCAUCGUUCAGAUGAUUCAGUUCACUGUACGUCAGCUUGCUGAGGUGGAGAAUGGAAUGAAUGCUGUAGAGCGGCUGCAGUACUAUGGGACUCAGUUGGAAGAAGAGGCGCCUCUACACACGAUCGAGGUGCGGCCAACGUGGCCAGAGAAGGGAGAGAUCAUCUUUGACAACGUUGAGAUGCGCUAUCGCGCCCAGCUACCGCUAGUUUUAUCAGGUCUGUCGAUGCAUGUUACGGGUGGUGAGCGAGUGGGCAUAGUGGGGAGGACGGGAGCGGGCAAGAGUUCCAUCAUGUCGACCCUGUUCCGGCUCGUGGAGCUGUCAGGCGGCCACAUCACUGUCGAUGGCAUCGAUAUCUCCACCAUCGGACUCCAUGAUCUGCGAUCCCGCCUCGCCAUCAUCCCGCAGGACCCAACCCUGUUCCGCGGCACCGUGCGCUCAAACCUCGACCCCUUUCAUGAGCACACGGAUUUGGAGCUGUGGUCAGCUUUGCGACAGGCUGAUCUUGUACCGGCCGAUGCCCGUCCCGAUGAGCCGCGGACCAAAGACUCCCCGCGUGUGCACCUUGACAUGGUUGUCGAGGAGGAUGGCCUCAACUUCUCCCUCGGCCAGCGGCAGCUUAUGGCAUUAGCACGCGCUCUUGUUCGCGGCGCCCGUAUUAUUGUCUGUGACGAGGCUACAAGCUCUGUCGAUAUGGAGACGGACGACAAGAUCCAGAACACUAUCGCAACGGGCUUCCGUGGGCGCACGCUCCUCUGCAUUGCUCACCGGCUGCGCACUAUCAUUGGCUACGACCGUAUCUGCGUCAUGGACGCCGGACGCAUCGCAGAGCUUGGCACGCCGCUCGAGCUUUGGCAGCGGGAUGGAAUAUUCAGAGGCAUGUGUGACCGAAGCGGCAUACGCGUCGAGGACAUUAAAAGCGCCAGCGCCGAGAUGGGCACGGCUCAUGAGGCGGGCGUUGAGUCGCUCGAGGCUGGGAAGAAGGAAGAAAAUUUCUGA